AUGGAGGGCCGACCGUUCGUCUUCGAACAGCGAGGUGGUCGCUGCAAAUUGCUGGAAGGUGAUGAGUUUGCAGUUGCCGCAAGGGCCAAAACUAUGCCCAGGCCCUGGGAAAAUAAGCAUGCCAAUCACCCAGCACGUCUGGCAAAAGAUUGGGAAGAAUUGCAGAUCUACCUUCAGAAGAACAACUUCAAGCAUGUCAAUGAGGUCAAGCGCCGCUGGUUCGGACUCAGCUGGUCUUAUCCCCUCCUCAAGGCCGCCAAAGAACAUGAUCUCUGGCACAUGACUUUGCUUCUUAGAUUCGGUGCCAACUUGUGGCAGAAAGAUAGCCGAGGCAAGACAGCCUUGGACUACAUUCCCUUGGAGACACUGCAAUGGAACAUGAUUCGUGAACACGAAAACUCUCAGCGAGAGCAGCGCCCGAGUGCAUCCGUGAUUGACGAUGAGGCUGUUGUGGGAGAGGCUGCUAGAUCAAAGUCUGAGAACGCAGAAAUCCUCACUACCGAUGGGGGGCGGCCCUAA